GGGAAAGAGGAGAGAGCGAGAGAGAGAGAGAGAGAGAGAGAGAGAGAGAGAGAGAGAGAGGAGAAGGAGCUAGAGCAUAACAGCGCGCUGUUACUGAAUUAGAGACGAAUUACACAGACAUACCCUCAAUUCACGGGCCAUGAUGGGGAGGUUGUGUGAGGUGGCUCUUGUGUCCCUUCUUAUUAUAUCUCUCUUGCACACUGAAUCGACAUGGGCCAAAAGAGGUGGUGGAUUUUCCAGCAAGAAAACCUCAUCCUCCAGCAACAGGGGUGGGACACAAUCAAAACCAUCUUCCUCACAGCCAGCGAGCUACCCACGACAGCCACAGAGUCCCAAUCGCAACACCAAUCCAUACCCUUCUGGUGGAAGUUACCCUUAUCCUGGAACAGGCACCAAUUCAGGAGGAUAUCCCAAACAAAACCCAGCAAGUUAUCCGGGAGCUGGUAGUUACCCCAACCAGAAUCCUGGUAGAGCCAAUCCUGGCGGUUAUCCAAACCAGAACCCCGCAGGUGGCUAUCCAGCUGCAGGCGGAUACCCAGCAGCUGGAGGGUAUCCUAACCAGUAUCCAGCUGCAGGUGGCUAUCCCAACCAAUAUCCUGGAAGAGCUGGUACCAACCAGGGAGGAUAUCCUAACCAAUACCCAGCUGCAGGCGGCUAUCCCAAUCAGUAUCCAGGCAGAGCUGGUACCAACCAGGGAGGUUAUCCUAACCAGUACCCAGCUGCAGGAGGCUACCCAGCUGCAGGCGGCUAUCCCAAUCAGUAUCCAGGCAGAGCUGGUACCAACCAGGGAGGAUAUCCUAACCAGUACCCUGGUGGUGGAGGUGGGUACCAGUAUCCAGCAGCAGGUGGUUACCCUGUCAGAGGGGGCAAUACAGGACAGGGUUGGGGUCUGCCCGGUGGAAAUCCAGGGGGUUACCCCGGUGGAGCGAUUGGUGGUUACCCCAACUGGAACCCAAAUAAUAAGAUCCUCAGUCCCCGCUUUGGUGGAGGAGGUUAUGGAUAUGGUGGUUAUGGGAUGGGAGGGUCUCCUUUCUCCCGUUCCGUGCAGAGUAUGGGAUACCAGCCCAAGUCUACAGGUUUUGCCAAAAAAGCCCUGGUGGCAGCAGGUGUUGGCGCCGUGGCUGGAAUGGCUGUUGGAUAUGGACUAGGGCGCUUCCCUCGGCCCCAUUUCAGUUUCCGCAACCCUGAAGAAGAGUACUACUACAACAACUACAUGUACCGCCGUUAUGGCACCCACUCCACAGAUGAAAAAGACUAUGGCCGUGACUAUGUCUACAAACCACCACCACGGGCAGAGUCUUAUGAUAACUUCAUGGACCGUUGUAUGAACAGGACCGACCUUCUGAAAGAUCAGGGCAACAGCUCCCCCUCUCCAAAGAGUGGAGGCAAUGAGGAGGAUGAUGACACCGUCAGCAUUGAAGAGAUUGGAUACCCAGCACUAAUUGAGCAACUGAAGGCCCGGCGCUGUGUUGAGCAGUACAUGGUUUAUUCAGAGCGUUUUCUGGAGGAACGAAAAGCGGAGCGACAAAUGAAUCCCAUCAACAACAGCCCCAUGAAUUCAGCUCCGCCCCCUGUGAUUCAGCUUCUCACUUCCACCUUCAUGCUGCUGUCCAGCAUACUCCUGCUCCAGUGAGAACAAUAAGCCUGCCUUUCACCAUACCCCAGAUGGGUUUCUACUCCCUCAAUUAUUCCUGCAUGUCAACAGCCUGCUGAUGUAUAUUAUCUCCGCAUCACAAACCCUUGUUUUAUACUUACAAGCUCUUUGAGUCAUAUUUAGUCAG